AUGACUAGAUACUCUGAACAUAAUACAAAUACAGCUAAGAGUUUUAAUAGAGAAAACUUACUAAUUCCAAAAAUGUGCUAUACAACACAGAAAAGAAAUAUAUCCUUUUUUUUAAAAAAUUUUUUUUUUACCCUUUUGAUUUUGAUACUAAAAUAUUCAAUUAAUAGCACCUGUGAAUUCUGCAGCAAUGAAUAUAACUUAGGGAGAUCACUAGAUUUAAGAGUUAAAAGAAUUUUAUCAGAUUUUACUCAUCUAUUAAAGGAAAAUAAAAGUGAAUCAAAGGUAAAUUUGCUAGAUGCAAUGGAGAAAGAAAAUAUUCCAGAAAACAAAGUACAACAAAAAAUAGCAAGAAAUAUUUCAUUAACACAAACAGAGGGAAAAAUAGAUAUACCCGAUCAAAGUAAAAAUGAAAAUAUAGUUAAUAAAAAUAAAGGAACCGGUGAAUUUGUUUGUUCUAUUAUUGUGAAUUCGUAUCUUUAUGUUAUUGUGCCAGCACUUCUUUUUACAUUGGUUAUUCUUAAAGAAUUAUCUUUUAUUCCUUGUGUUUCUGAUGCUGAUUUGACUAACUUAUUUCUUAUGUACAUUUCCUCAUUUCUUGCUAUUAUUUUUUUUUAUAUGCAAACAUUUCAUAAUAAAAAUAAAUAG